UAAAGUUCUAAUUGUCAAAUUUUCUCAGAAAAAAUAUAAACAUGUUGUUACGAAAGAUUCGGGUUUUUGUUAAUACAGUACCUUCAUUUCAAUUACCUAGAAAUAACACGAACAUUUUAACAUUUCGUAACCAUGGAUCAGUUCUCUGGCAUAAUAAUGGAAUAUCAAGUACAUUUUCACUACCCUUGAACAGGGCCAAAAAUGAAGUACUAGUAGGGAAACGUGUGCAGCAAAUUUCAUCAUCAUCGAGCUUCAAUUUACAUGAAAAUAUGCAGUCGAAAAAAAGACCGCGCAAGAAACAGGAUGAAACCCUCAAACUAGAGAACGGAUACUUGACCGUGACUGCAUUUGCGACGGCAGAAGAAUACGAUCUUGAGCGAAUACUACGCGCUUUGAGAAAUGAAAAUCUAUAUGAACCAAAGCAAUUUUUGGCCAACGAAAAGAACGAACCAAAUCCAGAUGUACUGCAUGUCGUUGCCAAAUAUAAGGUUGGGAACAAUUCUCGCGAUGUGUAUUUUUUCCGUGAAGGUACCGUGGUAUUGUGGAAUUGUACCGAUCUAGAAAGUAGUAAUAUUCUACGAUUCCUCAAACCAUACGAGCAGGAUGCUUAUGACAAAUUCGCCGUUUUAGAGGAGAGUGAAACGAUGUUCUACAAUGCUAGUGACACUGUUGCCCGUUUGCAAGAGGAUAGUUUCUAUAUUUCUAAAAACGACGAAGGUGGUUUAGAAAAAUAUACUUUCUCUAAUGCUAUGUCCCUUUCGGUAAAAUUGGGAAUUUGGGAAGCAUCUCUGGAGCGCUAUAUAGAAUCAAUGGCCUACGUGACCGAUGAUUUAAAAAACGGAAGUAAAAUUAAAAUUUCUCGAUCAAAAAUGUUGCAAAAAACUGGCGAACUGUUUGCCUUACGUCAUCUGAUAAAUCUGAGUUCAGAUCUGUUGGACGUACCGGAUUUCUAUUGGGACCGCGAACAGUUAGAAAACCUUUAUCAACAAACAUGUUCUUAUUUUAGCAUAAAUCGUCGUACGAGAGUAAUGAACGAAAAGUUGAAUCACUGCGUGGAAUUAGCACAUCUGAUCAGCUCGAACCUCAAUGAUGCGCACCACGUUCGUUUGGAAUGGAUGAUCAUCAUUCUCAUCAUGGUAGAAGUAGGGUUCGAAAUUUUACAUUAUGCAGAUAAAUUCCUGUAAAACCUAGUAUUCGCAUUGGCUGUCAUCCGUAUCGUUAAAACUGGAUUAACAAUAGUGAAAAUAGUUCACGAUAGGUUUAUGAAAACAACGUUAUGUUAAAUUCGAAGCAAGAAAAUGAUCUACGAAGCUCACUAACUUCCGACAACUUAUAUGCAUUUGAAUAAAGAAGUUAUAUUACCAUUCGUA